UUUAUAAACAGAGCUUAUAUUGAUUUCUGUUCCAUAAAUAAUUGAAAGAGGGUAGAAAAAUCUGCCCUUCAUUUAAAAAUUGAAUGUUUUACCAUGUAUUUAAAAAGCGAUUCAGGAUUAGGAGGAUGGAUAACGAUACCAGCUGUAGCUGAUGUUCUCAAAUAUUCCUGCAUUGUUUGCUGGUCUUCUAGGGAAAAGAAUAAUGUGGAACAGGACCUUAAAGAAAAAGAAGAUACUAUUAAGCAGAGGACAAGUGAGGUUCAGGAUCUUCAAGAUGAAGUUCAGAGGGAAAAUGUUAAUCUGCAAAAAUUACAGGCCCAGAAGCAGCAAGUACAGGAACUCCUUGAAGAACUAGAUGAACAGAAAGCCCAGCUGGAGGAACAACUCAAGGAAGUCAGAAAGAAAUGUGCAGAGGAGGCCCAGCUGAUCUCUUCUCUGAAAGCUGAAAUAACUAGUCAAGAAUCACAGAUCUCUACUUAUGAAGAAGAACUGGCCAAAGCUAGAGAAGAGCUGAGCCGCCUGCAACAAGAAACAGCAGAAUUAGAGGAGAGUGUGGAGUCAGGGAAGGCUCAGCUGGAACCUCUUCAGCAGCACCUACAUGAUUCACAACAGGAAAUCAGUUCAAUGCAAAUGAGACUGAUGGAAAUGAAAGAUCUGGAAAAUCCUAAUAAUCAAUCAAAUUGUUGCAGUAGCCCACACAGCAUUCUUGUAAAUGGUGCUACAGAUUAUUGUAGCCUCAGCACCAGCAGCAGUGAAACAGCCAACCUUAAUGAACAUGCUGAAGGCCAGAGCACCCUAGAGUCUGAGCCCAUACACCAGGAGUCUCCAGCAAGAAGUAGUCCUGAACUACCACCUUCUGAUGUGACUGAUGAAAAUGAAGUGCUGACGGUAACUGUUAAUGAGAAAGUUAGUCCUGAAUAUGAUGAUGGACAUUCGAAAGAGGAAGAUCCAUUUAAUGUAGACUCAAGUGCACUGACAGAACCAGCUGCAGAUACAAACUUGGAUUUUUUCCAGUCUGAUCCUUUUGUUGGCAGUGAUCCUUUUAAAGAUGAUCCUUUUGGGAAAAUUGAUCCAUUUGGUGGUGAUCCUUUCAAAGGUUCAGAUCCAUUUGCAUCUGACUGCUUCUUCAAACAAUCUGCUACUGAUCCUUUUGUCACUUCAAGUACUGACCCUUUCAGUGCACUCAACAAUAACAGUAAUACAUCUUUAGCCACAGAUCCUUUUGCUUCUGUUUUUGGAAAUGAAUCCUUUGGAGAAGGAUUUGCUGACUUCAGCACAUUGUCAAAGGUUAACAAUGAAGAUCCUUUUAGUUCAGCCACAUCAAGCUCUGUGAGCAGAGAGAUCAUUCCAAAAAAUGUGUUUGAGGAAACAUCAGUCAAGAGUGAAGAUGUACCCCCAGCACUGCCACCAAAGAUUGGAACUCCAACAAGACCCUGCCCACCACCACCUGGAAAAAGACCCAUCAACAAAUUGGAAUCUUCUGAUCCCUUUAAACUGAAUGAUCCAUUUCAGCCUUUCCAAGGCAAUGAUAGCCCCAAAGAAAAAGAUCCUGACAUGUAUUCUGAUCCAUUCACUUCUACUACUACCACUACCAAUAAAGAGGCUGACCCAAGCAAUUUUGCUAACUUCAGUGCUUAUCCCUCUGAAGAAGAUAUGAUUGAAUGGGCCAAGAGGGAAAGUGAGAGAGAAGAAGAGCAGAGGCUUGCCCGGCUGAAUCAGCAAGAGCAAGAAGACUUAGAACUGGCUAUUGCACUCAGCAAAUCUGAAAUAUCAGAAGCAUGAAGAAUUCUCUUGUCUUUUGUCAACAACACGCUUUUCUUCUACUUAAAUACUGAAACUAUUUACCAUGUGUAUCAAAACUACCUAUGAGCAUGGGAAUACAAAGGUUUUGAGAAUCCUGUAAAUGUGACAAAAGUCUACUUUUUCUUUCUUCUAUAUUUCACAUCUGUCUUUUAUUUUACUUUUUCCAUCAAAAGCAGUAACCUAAUCAGACAGCUUCACCUAGGCCCCUGUUCUGGUGUGCAUUUAUUGUGAGCUUUUGACUGCCUGUGCUACUUUUACUUAUAAAGCUAGAACACCCAACCAUCUACUUUCUGGAACAUAGAGAAAUAGUUUAACCCUAUGCUACCCUUGUUCUAUAGUUAUUCUGAUGAUAGCCAGAAGAUAUCUUAAUGUUUUCAGUAUUUUUCCUGGAUUUAAAUGGUUGGAGGGGAAGGGAAAGAAGAUCCUAUUUCUUUUAUGAUUGGUGCAAAUUGCCCAAAAUACAUUUUUUAUUUCCUUAUAGUAAAAGUACUGUUUAAUUGGAGUUUUUAAAGAUAAGAAAGACAAUAUGUUUUGCAUUGUUUAACUCCAGUAUUGGAAAGGGGUUGCAUUAGUUUGAACCAUUAUAGCUUGAGACUCACAUUUUCACUAAAUGAAAACAUUAAAGCCACAUAUAUGAAAUACAUUUUGAAAACAAUUUUCUCUAGACUUAAAGAAUUUUAGAUCAACUGAUACCUCUCUGUAUGUGUGCUAAUUAACAAAAUCAGUUUCUUAUGAGAACAAUUUACAGGGAAAUGUUCAUUUUACAUGCCUGACAGUGGAGAAAAUUUGUCUCUUAAAAUACACCAUCAGUAUGUGUAAGCAGAAAUCUUAACAUGCAGCCCUUAUUCUUGAACUGUGUUCUCUAGCUCAUGAUAAGUUUGUUCUUGAACUUUGCACAAGAAAUUCUAGAAAGCUGGAACUGGAAGGUACUUCAUUUUUCAUAUAUAUUUGUUUUGUUUUGUUUUCCUUAAUGAAGGCUCAGCUACUUGAAAAAACUUCCACUUAAUAUAAAUGGGGAAAGUGGCAUGUAUUAUAUUGUAUUUUGUGUACCUUGUGGUUUAGUUUUACCUACUCUCUUCAUGUUUUUCACCUAUAAAAUUGGCAAACUAACAAAAAAAAUAUUUUUAAUUGGGGGAUUAAAAAAGUACUCUGCUUGUAUUAAAAGCUCAUUUUCUAUAAAAGUGACCUAGUAGACAAGCUGAAUUUGAAAUAGAGUGAAGGAGGCUGUAAUUUAUAAUCUUUUUUUAACCUGCAUUACUGAUUUAGUGUAUUGAAUAGCAAGACAAAGAAAAAUGCACCUGAAAACUUAACUAAAAUCCUCUGGGAUCACCAAGUUAAAGAAGUAUUGACAUAUAUUAAUCAGAAUAACUUACUUGGCCUAUAAAUAAAUUCCAAAAUACCUAAUACAUUUCAUCUUGAAAUGGUGCUUUUUUUCUUUCCACACACUAUUGGACAACUGGGGUUUAAAACAAAAUUUAAAUCACUUUCUUGCACUGCUAACUUUUUUCUACUUAUGUAAAUAGAAACAUUGCAGCAUAAAUGUGAUACAUACGAAGCAAGGGCUGAAUAGUAAUCACAAGGCUAUAACUUUGAUAAACUAAUACAGUGAUAUGGAUUUACUGCAAAAGUUGAUUGAGACGGUAGUAUGGAGAGAUGUGAUGAGUGUGGUUUUUGGGGUUUCUUUUUCCUUCCCCUUUACUCUUCAGGAAAAAGGUAAGUUGACUUGAACAACCUUCUUUUGCACUGGGAAAAAUGAACAAAUGUUUGAAAUGCUUUUAAAAUAUUUUUUAAUUAAAAAAGCACUCUGGAAAAUAGUAAAUAUCUGUAACUUAUAAACACCAACUUUCAAUGUAAUAAUUGUAUCCUAAUCUUAUGUGUGUUUAACUGGAUUAUAUAGAUUCUUAUCAUUUGUUAAAAUAUGCAUACUAAGUGGACCAAUAUAAUAUUAAAGUAUGUAUUAUCUAAAUAUAUCUGUAUCUCCAUGCUGACUGUGCAGGAUGGAUGUGUUAAGUCAUUUGUGGUAUAUUAUGGUGUUGACCCUGGCUCCAGGGCCUGUGCUUGAAAAGAACAAAUAAGUAAUACCAAGAUGUAAGUGACAUUACUUACAAAGUUUUAACUGUCUUCUACAUACUAGUUCAUAGAAUUUUCUCUUAUAUUUCAAACUCCUGCAGUAUAUUUAGGCUAUAAUUAUGAGAGUUAUAAACUUUAUAUAAUAAAGCAUUCUAUCCAUUAUCCAGUUUACAUUGGAUCUUUGCACAGUUCUCUAUGUGUACUAUAUGAGGAAAGAUAAAUGUACAGUCAGUCUACACUAAUAUGUGUAAAGAAUUUCAGAGAAUAUCUUACAUUGGAUAUACACUCAAUAAAUAGGCACUAUCA